GCCAUAUUGACUUCCUGUGUACAAAAAACUUUUCAAUAUAUUCAGUUAGUCACUGAAAGGUGACUGGGACACAUUGUGAUGUCAUCAGACUUAGAAGAAGGGGAGAAACCCCCCGCCCCUCCCGUCAGACUAACCAGUACACUGUCAAGAGACGCUAAUCCAGUAGAUAUGAAACCUUUACCAAAAGAGCCAGAUGAAGAAAGAAAAAAGAAAUUGAAGAACCCCAAAGGGGGCAAGAAACCCAGUGAAAAGCCAGUAAUAUCUCCACCCUCAAACUUUGAACACACAGUCCAUGUGGGGUUUGAUCCCCACUCGGGAGAAUUCACAGGCAUGCCAGAAAACUGGGCAAAGCUUUUACAGUCAUCUAAUAUUUCCAAAUCGGAACAAAAGAAGAAUCCACAGGCAGUGUUGGAUGUAUUAAAGUAUUAUGACAGCUCUAAUAAAGAAACAAAGGAAUCUAAGUACAUGACAAAUAUCUCAAAACCACUAAGUCUCAAUAAUACACGGCCGACUUUACAAGACAGAUUCGCAACAGGAGCAGUCAUAACACCGCCCAGUAAGCCUGAGGCUACCAGUACUCCUCCAGAUGAUGAACCUCCCCCUCCCCCAAUAGCUGCUCGCCCUGAGAAAACUAAGUCUAUAUAUACCAAACCAGUAGAUCCUGAUGAAGCCAAACCAGGUUUACAGGCGAGAACAGAUAGGCCCAAAAAGAAGAAAAUGACAGAUGAAGAAAUUUUAGAAAAAUUACGGACAAUAGUCUCAGUUGGGGAUCCCAAUAAAAAAUAUACAAAAAUGGAAAAAAUUGGUCAGGGUGCAUCUGGUACAGUGUAUAUAGCAAUAGAGGUCGCUACUGGGCGUGAAGUAGCCAUCAAACAAAUGAAUUUGUCUCAGCAACCGAAGAAGGAACUCAUAAUCAACGAAAUCCUCGUCAUGAGAGAAAAUCAGAAUCCAAAUAUUGUGAAUUAUCUCAAUAGCUACCUUGUUGGAGAGGAAUUGUGGGUUGUAAUGGAGUAUUUGGCUGGUGGUUCCCUGACUGAUGUUGUCACGGAAACGUGUAUGGAUGAGGGUCAAAUAGCCUCAGUGUGUAGAGAGACUCUCCAAGCAUUGGAGUUCUUACAUGAGAACAAUGUAAUUCAUCGCGAUAUUAAAAGUGACAAUAUUUUACUAGGAAUGGAUGGUGGCGUAAAACUAACUGAUUUUGGCUUCUGUGCUCAACUAUCCCCAGAACAAAGUAAGAGGUCUACCAUGGUUGGUACCCCUUACUGGAUGGCUCCUGAAGUCGUCACAAGAAAAGCAUAUGGACCUAAGGUUGACAUAUGGAGUUUAGGAAUAAUGGCUAUUGAGAUGAUUGAAGGGGAACCACCAUAUCUCAAUGAGAAUCCUCUAAGGGCAUUGUAUCUCAUAGCAACCAAUGGCAAACCUGAGAUUAAAGACAAACAUAAAUUGUCUCCUGUCUUCCAAGAUUUCUUGGAUAGAUGUCUUGAAGUUGAUGUCGAUAAAAGACCCUCAGCCUCAGAGUUCCUCAGGCAUCCUUUCUUACGCCUGGCAAAACCCCUGGCCAGUCUGCACCCCCUCAUCUUGGCAGCAAAGGAGGCCUCUAAAGGCUACUAGAGCUUGGGCACCCCAGUGCUGAGACAAUACAGCCAAUAUAGGGCCUAUAUUAUUUCAAUGUAUAGGAGUUCUCUAAAGUGGAUAUCAUUAUCUGGCAAACCUUGGCUGAUAGGCUGUUGUUUCAGUUAUGAUCAUGAUCAUUUGUCAGUUGGAGUCAAAAAUUAUGAAUUGGAUUGACUGUUAAGGUGAAUAGGAUUGACUUCAUGGUGAACUAAAUUUUGACUUCACAAACAAUAAGAUUCAUCGUGAAUUGGAUUGACUUCAUCUUGAAUAAGAUUGACUUCAC